ACACAGAGCAUUCUGGGUAGAGGUGAAAGGCCAGAGUCAGAAGGACACUUCCAAAGCGAGCUUCCCAAGGAAAAUGGGCACCCAGGGAAAGAUUACCAAUGAGCUGCUGCCGCCUGCUUGUGAUGUUAACAGCUAGCAUCUGGGUUUCUCUCAAGUUUGGCCCAUGCUAGCCACCUCCACUGGCCAUCGUAGCUGGUCCAUGGACUUAGGCAUCUAUUGCUGAAAGUGCACUAACCAUGGGACAGUUACCUUGACUGACUUCUACAUUUCCAAGCGUCCACUCCCUGUGCAGAAGUCUGUGUAGCAAACAACUGAUUACACAGUUACACUUUGAUCUGGCAAAUAUGAGUUACAUCAAUCAAGGUGUAAAAAAGAAAAUGUAUCCUUCUACAGGGUUCUAGAAUGAAGGUUAUGAUAUAGUGUCCAGACAGCCAGACAACUAAGUUUCAGGAUACUAAAUAUCUUAUUAACUUGUGUUAAUCAUAAUGUGGAAAAAUCUUCCUCACUGACUGUCUCUUCCUCAUGAGGAUACAGUAAUAGAAACUCAGCAACUGACUUCUGAACGUAAAUUGGCUGGUGAAAGGCUCCUUGAACUCCUGAGCCAGACUAGUGGCUCCUCCACGAUCUACAUCUUCUGGUGAACAAUGGUGGCAACAAAAUCACCAGUCUUGUCAAAAACUCACGAAACCUGCUGAGGAGUCUUAAAAUGGCUUUCUCACCUAUUCUCUUUCUCUGAUAAAGGCAAAGCUGCCCCGACUAUUUUUCUAACUCCAUUCUCAGUAGAAUCACUGAAAUAAAAGUCUCGCUUGUCCUAUGUUACAGGUGCUACUCAGGUGCAUGGUGCAUUCCUAAAAUACCUGCUACCACCAAACAGAUGCUAUGUUCUGAGUCUUAGCCAUCACCUAAGCAUUACCUUGGCCUCUUAGAUUGAUGCCUCUCUGAGGAAAUCUGGCUACUGCCCCUUCUGCAUCAACCAUAUCAUUAGCUCAAAACAGUUAAGAGUGGUCUGCACCCCCAAAUCCCUACAGUACUUCACAUCCCAACUGCAGUUUCCCCUCCCUCCUCUCUCUCUACUCUCCUCCUUCCAACACCCGCGCCCCAAUCCACUCCUCCCUGUCUCUUCAGAAGAGUGAAGGCUGCUCAUGGAUAUCAACUAGCUUUGGCAUAAAAAGUUGUAGUAAGACUAGGUGCAUCUUCUCCUAUUGAGGCUAGUCACCCCACUAGAGGGAAAGGGUCCCCAAAGGCAGGCAAUAGAAUAAGAGACAGCCCAUGUUCUUACUGUUAGGAGUUCCAAAUCAACACCAAGCUACACAGCUGUUACAUAUGUGCUGGUGGCAUAUUGUUGAUUGUUAGCCAAUGGUCUUAACCACUGAACUAUCUCCAACCCAGGAAUUUUCUUAACAUACCACGGUGAAUAAAACUGAAAAUGGCCAUCAACAUAUGUGUGACACCAUUAAAUCCACACUAAAUUAGGUCUUUACCAAACUAGGUCAGCACGUCAGAAAAGUAAAGUUGCACAUCAAUAAUUCCAGAUCAUACUUCAUGACCCAGAAAUAGAAGAGUAGAAUAAGACCAAGGCAAGGAGAAGGGAGAGGAAGCAGGAGAGGUAACAGCAGAGGCUAACACACUUAAAAACAGCAAGUGAUCGAGAACAUGAAUAAAACAAUGAGAAGGUUCUUAAAAGAACGCACUUAACAAAGCUCUGGUAAGCUUGAAAGGAGACCAUCCUGGGUAAGGAAGGGAGAUGUUCAACUUCACAUUUUGUGUUCUUUCCCUGGGUAAACCUACCAUAUACGGUCAUAAGAACCUCCCACAGGCAACAAGAAAUGUAUACAUUUACAGGGAUUUGAAAAAAACCGGUUAAUAGUUAUCUGACUUGAAUAAUUUUAGUAAUAAGCAAUAAGAAAGUAUUCAUUUACAGGGAUUUGAAAGAAACUGGUUAAUAGUUAUCUGACUUGAAUAAUCUUGAUAAUUAUUUGACAGUCCUUUUUCCCAUUAAUUCAUUCAUUUAUUCACUUUACAUCCAGAUUGCAGCUCCCUCCUGCUGGUACACCCCCACAUGAACCUUCCCCAACCCCCCCUUCCCUUCAUUCUGAGAAGGGGGUGGUCCACCCUAGGUACCAACUCACCCUAGCACCUCAAGCCACUGCAGAACUAGGCACAUGUUCUCCCACUGAGGCCAGACAAGACGGCCCAGUUAGGGGAACAGGAUCCAUGGGCAGGCAACAGAGUCCAGGUAAGCAACCCUGCUCCAGUUGUUGGGGGACCUAUAUGAAGACUAACUACACAUCACUACAUAUGUGCAUGGGGCCUAAGUCCAGCCCAUGUAUGCUCUUCAGUUGAUGGUUCAGUGUCUGGGAGCCCCCAAGGGUCCAGGUUAGUUGACUCUGUUAGUCUUCUUAUAGAGUCCCUAUGCAUUCCAGGGACCUCAGUCCUUCCACCAACUCUUCCACGAGGCUUCCCAGCCCCAUCUGAUGUUUGGCUGUGGGUCCCUGCAUCUUUUCUCAUCUGCUGCUGGGUAGAGCCUCUCAGAGGACAGUUGCGUUAGGCUCCCGUCUGCCAGCAUAACAGAGAUCAUUAAUAGGGAUUGAUUCUUGCCCAUGUGACCUCAAGUUGGGCCAGCCAUUGGAUGGUUUUCCCUCCAUCCCUGCUCCAUCUUUGUCCCUGCACUUCUUGUAAGCAGGACACAUUUCGGAUCAAAGGUUUUGUGAGUGGGUUGGUGUCCUUAUCCCUCUACUGAGCGUCCAGCCUGGUUAUAGGAGGUGGCCACUUCAGGCUCCAUAUCCCCCACUGCUAGGAGUCUCAUCUAGAGUCCCCCCCAUAGACUCCCCGGAGCCUCCUCCACACCAGGUCCCUGAUACAUCCUAGAGACAACCGCACCCCCUUCACCAAUGUCUAUUCACUCUCCUUGCCCUCUCUCUCUCCCAGGCUCUCCCUACACCUGAUUCCCCCCACACACCUCACUCCCCUCCACAUUCCCUCCAUCACCUCUGAUGACUGUUUUAUUUCCCCUCCUGAGUGAGGUUCAAGCAUCCUACUUUGGGCCUUGCUUGUCAUUUAGCUUCUUUGAGUCUGUAGAUUGAAGCGUGAGUAUCCUGUGCUUUAUGAUUAAUAUCUACUAUAAGUGAGUACACAACAUGCAUGUCCUUCAGAGUCUGGGUUACGUCACUCAGGGUGAUAUUUUCUAGUUCCAUCAUUUUCUUGGAAAUUUCAUGAUUUCCUUAUUUUCAGUAGCUGUAUAGUUUUCCAAUGUAUAAAUGAACCACACCGUUAAAACUCGAUUCUUUGGUUGAAGAGCAUCUGAAUCAUGUCCAGUUUCUAGCUACUAUGAAUAAAACUGAUAUGAACAUAGUGGAACAAGUUUCCUUGUGGUCUGGUGGAGCAUCUCUUGGUUAUAUUCCCAAGAGUGGUAUAGCUGGACCUUGAGGUAGGGCUACUCACAAUUUUCUGAGAAACUGUGAAAUCCAUUUCCAGAGUGGUUGUACAAGUUUGCACUCCCACCAGCAAUGGAGGAGUGUACCCUUUGCUCCAAAUCCUUGUCAACAUGUGUCCAUUGGGCUUUUUUUUUAUCUUAGCCAUUCUGAAGGGUAUAAACAGAAUCUCAGAGUCAUUUUGAUUUGUAAUUCUUGGAAGACUAAGGAUAGUGAACAUUUCUUUAAGUGCUUCUCAGCCAUUAGCGGUUCCUCUGUUGAGAAUUCUCUGUUUAGCUCUAUAUUCCAUUUUUUAAUUGGGUUAUUUGGUGUGUUGGUGUCUAAUUUCUUUUUUUUUUUUUUGGUUCUUUUUUUCGGAGCUGGGGACCGAACCCAGGGCCUUGUGCUUCCUAGGCAAGCGCUCUACCACUGAGCUAAAUCCCCAACCCCUCUUGAGUUCUUUAUAUUGUUGACCUUAGUGCCUGAUCUGUUGGUGUCCUGUUCAGGAAGUUGCCUCCUGUGCCAAUGUGCUCAGGCUGUUCUCCCACUUUCUCUUCUAUUUGAUUUAGUGUAAGUAACUUUACACUGAGGUCUUUGAGACUUGAGUUUUGUAUAAGUUGAAAUAUAGAUCUAUUUGCAUUCCUCUAUGAAGUGGAAGUCUCUGGUUGUGUCAUGUGAUGCAGACUCGCAUGGUAUUUUGAUGAGGCAAGACCCAUGGAGGACAUGUGAUCUUUGAGAGGGUAUAAGUAGGACUCAAGAGAGAGGGCAGGGUGCUUACAUAACUAGCUGUGAAACUCUUGCUGGCAUCUUCGCUGAUCUUCACUUUGUUGAGAGAGGCACAGAAGAGAACCCUGAUGUUCCAGCUGGUGCUGGUCAUUCUGCUGACUGAUUCCAGCCAAUUUGGCAGAGGCUUGGCAGUUUCUGCUGGAUUAUGCCAUCCUUGCUGAUCUGUGUUUGGUGACACUUUUAACCUGGCAUUACUGCUGGUAUCCUGGUAUUUUAUCCUGACAGAGAUUGGAAUCGCCCUAAAGAACUACUUCUAAUCAGGCCCAUAUCCCCUUGUCCUACUGACCGUCUUUUCUCCCUUACCUUUGGAUGGAGAGCUAGAAGUGGGGGGCGGUGUUGAAGUGUUUGAGAACCCUUUUUAAAAUAAGUGUUGAGAAAUCUAAGCCUAUAGGUGGCACUCAUCAUGGCUUCGGCAUAAUGGGUAAUUCCGCAUAGGACUUGCCAUGUUAAAAGAGAGAGGAAAAAAUUGCUAUCUGGUUCAUUUGCCUCAAAUGUGCUCUGUAUUUUUAAGGGUCAUGGGUCAAGGUCAUAAUAAAAUGCUGAUUCGUGAAAUGAUCAAAAUGGAACCUGGGCAGAUCACAGCGCUGUCAGCUUGCAUUCAUCACUGACUCCGAGUCAUUUUUCCACCGCUCCCAAACACCCGUCCUCAGGACCCUCUUGCAAGAUGAGGCUGGCACAAGGCGUAAUACCACAACUCUGAAGUAACUAGUGGUCUAUUUCAUUCCUAAUAAUAGCACAUACAUUGUGAGGAUGGGUGGCAGGGGCCUACAAUGGCAGCCCAGAGAUGCGGAGGCAGGACGAUCACAAGUUCAAAAGCAGACUGGCCUACAGAACAAGACAGUUUCAGCAGAGAGAGAAAGCUAUCCGUCCAUUUAUAUGUGUGCUUUCCUAUAAAUAUAAACGACAUUUGCUACACUGACUUGAAUAUAGAAGCUGAAAGCAGAACAAAAACAAUACACUGGGGUGGGAGCCACCACCUUCAGUAUAGAUGUAGACUUUUUCCUUUUUUUCCUCUUGAGUAUGGGUGAAUUAAGUGCUUUCUGGUAAUGAUUGAUGUAAGAGUCUUCCUAAACUUACUCACAUCCCUGUCCCUCUUCAUUUGCUGUACCCAGGUGAUCAGAUGCAAAGCCACUGUGCUCUGGAAGCCUGGAGCCCCACUUGCCAUUGAGGAGAUCGAAGUGGCCCCACCUAAAGCAAAGGAGGUUCGAAUAAAGAUGGUGGCCACAGGAGUCUGUGGCACAGACAUAAAACAUCUGGACACACAAGAACUUUCUAAGUUUUGCCCCAUGAUUAUGGGCCAUGAAGGAGUUGGGAUAGUCGAGAGUGUGGGGGAAGGAGUAAGCAGCGUAAGAACAGGUGAUAAAGUUAUCCUAUUAUGUAUCCCUCAGUGUGGGGAAUGCAAAACUUGCCUGAAUUCCAAGAACAAUAUUUGUACAGAAAUUAGACUGUCAAAGACACACCUGGCAUCUGAAGGCACCAGCAGAAUUACCUGCAAGGGAAAGUUAGUGCAUCAGUAUAUCGCUCUCGGCAGCUUCUCGGAAUACACAGUCCUAAAGGAAAUCUCAGUCGCCAAGAUUGACGAAGGUGCACCUCUGGAGAAGGUGUGCAUAAUUGGCUGUGGGUUUGCCACUGGGUACGGCGCUGCCAUCAACUCUGCCAAGGUGACCCCAGGCUCCACCUGUGCGGUGUUUGGCCUCGGAGGUGUCGGUCUGUCUGUCAUCAUUGGCUGUAAAGCAGCAGGAGCAGCCAGGAUCAUUGCCGUGGACAUCAACAAAGACAGGUUUGCGAAGGCCAAGACAGUGGGUGCCACUGACUGCGUCGACCCACGGGACUUCGAGAAACCCAUUGAGGAAGUUUUAUCCGAUAUGAUAGAUGGUGGCGUGGACUUCUGCUUUGAGGUCACUGGGAACACAGAAGCAGUGGGAGCUGCCCUGGGCUCCUGUCACAAGGACCACGGGGUCUGCGUGACUGUUGGAGCCCUAGCAUCUUUCACCAGUACACUCAGCAUUAGAAGCCACUUGUUCUUCUCAGGACGCAUUCUGAAAGGGUCUAUUUUGGGAGGCUGGAAAACGAAAGAAGAAAUCCCUAAGCUGGUUUCUGACUAUAUGGCAAAGAAGUUUAACAUAGAUCCUCUGAUCACCCACACCCUGACUCUCAGCGAGGCCAAUGAGGCAGUUCAGCUCAUGAAAAGUGGGCAAUGUAUCCGCUGUGUCCUGCUCCUAUAACUACGAGAUCUACAUAUGUCACCACGUGUCAAGAUUUAGAAGAAUCCACCACGCAAUGCUUUUCUAUUUUCUUGCCUUUCAUUCACUCGGCAACAAUCUUUUAUCAAGUUCUCACCUGUUCACACCAUCGAAAUCUUCCCCUGUGACCCAGUACCGUUGGAAUACAGUCUCCCUUUUACAGCUGUGAGGGUCGAUUUGAGUCGCCCAGUGGCAGAGUCCGCAGAGGAGGGCACACCAAGAUGCUCCAAUGGCACGGAGGUCCCUACGUAGGGAUGCACAUUUCCUCACUCACUGAAUCUUUCCCACGCUGUAUGGAUCCCACCAGAGAAGUUACUGGAACUGAUAAACAAAUGGGCGAAUGUUUAGGUCACAAAACCACCACCCCCAGAACCCACGGUGUGGUUGUAUGGCAACAGCAAGUUAUCUCAUAUGGAGUCAAGGAGACAAUCUCACAACUGCUGUGAGAUUGAUCUCGCAAAUAAAUUAACAACAUAGAAAUCAAUUUAAUCAAAGGUGAAAUAUCCCUACAAUAAAAAGUAUAAAACAAGAGAGAAGCUGUGGCAGGACAAUGGAGGCUCACAUUAAGAUUCCGCUUGAGGGGCUGGGGAUGUAGCUCAGUGGUAGAGCGCUUACCUAGGAAGCGCAAGGCCCUGGGUUCGGUCCCCAGCUCCGAAAAAAAGAACCAAAAAAAAAAAAAAAAAAAAAAAAGAUUCCGCUUGAGACCCCAUAUGAACAACAAUGCCAACCAACCAGACUUACAGGGACUAAGCCACUACCUAAAGACUAUACAUGGACUGACCCUGGACUCUGACCCCAUAGGUAGCAAUGAAUAUCCUAGUAAGAGCACCAGUGGAAGGGGAAGCCCUGGGUCCUGCUAAGACUGAACCCCUAGUGAACUAGACUGUUGGGGGGAGGGCAGCAAUGGGGGGAGGAUGGGGAAGGGAACACCCAUAGAGAAGGGAAGGGGGAGGGGCUAGAGGGUUGUUAGCCUGGAAACCAGGAAAGGGAAUAACAAAUGAAAUGUAAAUAAGAAAUACCCAAGUUAAUAAAGAUGGAGGAAAAAAAG